AUGUCUGUCGAAGCUCCCAAACCCGUCGAGGAGACACCAGUUGUCGAGCCGUCCAAGGUUGUACCCGAACAACCAGAGACCACUGCCGAACCUACAGAGGCGGCUGCUACCCCGGCCGACACCACCGAGGCUACACCUGCAGUCGCUGAAGAGCCCGCUGCUGUUGCAACGGAGGAGGUCAAAAAGGAUGAACCCGCUGCUGAGAUUGUCCCUGCCUCGGAGGGUGUGCUAGGAUACAAGGAGCCUACCUUCUUCAAAAAAUUCAUCUUCAGCAAGCACUACUUCUGGUUCCAAGAAGAACCAUCCACCGCUGAGUCCUUGACCAACUUCCUGCGAUCCGAGAAGGUGGACACAAAGCACUCUGAUGCAGCAUGGGCACGUGAGACAGGAAAGGGAUUGCUCUUCUACUCCAAGCGGGUCGAGGAUAAGGCAACCCCUGCUGGCAUCAUCAACCUGUUUGAUGCUUCGAAUGUCACGAAGGAAGGGCUUCAAUUCUCUUUCAAGGCGGGGGCUCAUGUUCAUCGCUUUGAAGCGUCCUCAGCAAAGGAACGGGAUAGCUGGAUCGCUGCCCUGGAAAAGGCAACAGCAGAGGCCAAGAGCCUGAAAGAAGAACUCACUGCAAGUGAGAGCUACAAGAAGAACGUCGAAGAAUAUUCCAAACCCGCAGUUGCUCCCAUUCCGGCUGCCGUCAAGGCUUCCCGCUCCAAGUCGAAAGAACCCAAGAAGUCGGUUGAUGCUUCGACCGCUGCGGCCGCGGCCGCGGCUGAUGCAACCACUGGUGACGCAGAGGAGACUACAAAACCUGCCGCUGAACGUUCUCAGUCGCGGAAGCGUGGUAGCAUCUUCGGCGGUCUUCUCAACAAGAAAGAAGAACAUGUUGAAAAGAAAGAGGAAAAACCAGAAGUUCCCGCAAAGGACGACGCCAAAGAAACUCCCGAGGUGCCGGUUGAGGCCUCGACGGCAAGUGCCGUGCCAGCCCCAAUCGUCGCUUCUGACAAGAAAGAGGAGAAGGAAGAUGCCAGCCCAACAGAGAAGAACCGCAAGCGUGGAUCUGUCUUUGGCAACCUCUUCAGAAACCGCGUAGGCAGCCCUACCACCGAGAAAUCGGAAAAGGAUGCUUUGACAACCAGUGAUGUCCCACCAGUCUCCGAGACUGCUCCCAAGAUUGAAGAGCCGAUUGAGAACAAGCCCAUCGACGCUGCAGCUGUCACUGCUCCAGUCGACACUGUAACCACUCCUCCAGUUGAAGAACCCGCAGCUGCCAGCGAGGCCUCUGCUGCCCCCAAGACGGAGAAGAAGGGCGGCUUGAUCAGUUUCAUCAAGAAGACUGAAGCUAAGCUCGAAGGCAAGAAGGAGACCAAGGAGGAAACCAAAGAAGAAAAGGCCGCCGAAGCCAUUGCGAAGGACCCCGUUGCUGCUGCCAGCACCGAGCCAACGGAACCAGCCGCCUCCACCGAGGCUGCAGCUGAGACUGCUACUCCUGCUACAGAGGAGCGUCCGGCUCGCGACAACAAACGUCGCACCUCCCUUUUCUUCAACAAGAAGCAGCAUGAGGCCACUGAAGGCGAAGACACCGUCGCUGAGCCAAAGCGGGAGAAGUCUCCUCUUCCUGGUGGUAAAUUCAUUGGCCAGCUCGUCCGUCGCGCUAGUAAAGCGAUCAAGUCUGAGGGCCCCAAGGAAAAGACUCCCGCUGAACCUGCCGCACCCGCGGCCGCGAGCACCACUGAAGCACCCGCCUCUGAGACCCCCGCCAUUGCCCCUGAAGCUGCCGAAGCGAAGCCCGUCGAACCUGUCCCAGAACCCAUCCAGUCGACGCCAGAAGCGGUGGUCACGACGGCCCCUGAGGUCAAGGCAACGGCUUGA